GAAACCGCCUCUUACUUCCUGUGCCUUGUUUUGUUUUGUUUUGUUUGUGUCCUCGCGCGCGGGUUCUCCAUGUUGGAACCAGAACGGAGCGCCGCAGAAUCCAACCCGCUUCUGUUUCCGCUUCCAGAAAAAAGCAGCGGAACAUCCAUCCAUUUCCGCUCCUACAGGCGGGGACCUGCCCACGAUCUGCGCGAGCUGGACAUUAAUCACGGGGGAAAAGUCGCGCGCACGCGUGUGUGUGUGUGUGUGUGUGUGUGUGUGUGUGAAAGAGAGAGGGUGUGAGUGUAUACAGUGUGUUAUUAAUGUUUAUAUUUUUGAGUGAGUGAGUGUGCGUGUGUGUGUGCGUGCGUGCGUGUGUGUGUGUGUGUGCGCGCGCGCGUGUGCGUGUGUGUGUUUUGAUGAAAGUGAGAUUGAAACACUGGAUUAUAUUAGAUGGAAAGUUCUGUCAUCACACAAGUGCAAAGAGAAGAUCUUCAACUGCCUUCCAAAACAGGUCAGGUGAAAACAUGUUCUCUGAAGAAGCCCCGCAGCAGGAAUAUCUUUAAAGCUCUUUUCUGCUGCCUGCAUGCACAUGAUGUCGUUCAGACUCCACCACCUUCCCAUGAUGCCUUGCUCCCCACUGCAGAGAAUGGAUCCAUCACCAAACUGAGUGUGAUUGGUGUGUGAGUCGAGUCUGCUGCGGAGGUGAUGGAAGAGGAUGAGGGUAAAAUCUGUGUGGUUAUUGAUCUUGAUGAGACGCUGGUACACAGCUCUUUUAAGCCGAUCAGUAACGCUGACUUUAUUGUUCCUGUGGAGAUUGAUGGAACCACACACCAGGUGUACGUCCUGAAGCGGCCGCAUGUGGAUCAGUUUCUUCAGCGAAUGGGAGAGAUGUUUGAGUGUGUGUUGUUCACCGCCAGCCUUGCUAAAUACGCUGACCCAGUUACAGAUUUGCUGGAUCAGUGUGGAGUUUUCCGAGCGAGACUGUUCCGGGAGUCAUGUGUGUUCCAUCACGGCUGCUAUGUUAAAGAUCUGAGUCGCCUCGGACGCCAACUCAACAAAACCCUCAUCCUCGAUAAUUCUCCUGCAUCCUACAUCUUCCAUCCUGAAAAUGCGGUCCCCGUGUUGUCGUGGUUUGAUGAUGUGGACGACACGGAGCUUCUGAAUUUACUGCCAGUGUUUGAAGAGCUGAGUGUCGCUGAUGACGUUUACACCAAACUUCAACAACUCAGAGAGCCCUGACCUUCAUCACCUCAUCAUCAUCAGCAGCAGCAGCUGGCGCUCUAAACUCUUCUCUUCUUUUCUCUUCUCAUCUCCUCUCCUCUCUUCUCCUCUCGUCUCCUCAAACGCCUAUAAAACCUCGCACAUGCCUUAAUCUGUCACACACACACACACACACAGACACACACACACUCGCACAUACUCACUCACACACAUUCUCACACAAAAAUGACACACAUGCACAUCAACACACACUUUAACACACACUGAGAGACCAGUUUCUUUCACUCUGCUGUACAUUGUGUCUGAGAACACUAAUGGGAAACACAAACACACACACACACACACACACACACACACACACACACACACAGGGAUUGGGGCAUCAGGGGUGGAAAUUUCACUUCACAGCUCAUGACUUUUAUUUUAUUAUGAUUUUUAUUUUGAACAAAGCCACAGUUUUAUUUUAUAGAAUCGUUUAUAAGAUACGUCUACAAUCCAGACUGUGUCUCAGCAUUACCAAAGGCUCUGUUUUAAAGGACCACAGCACUCUACACAAGGUCAGGUGAAGGUCAGGACCAUGAAGAACAUUCUGCUGGUCAGAGGAGCUUUUAUACACUCAACCAAAAAGCAACAAAAAAACGUGUAGUUGUGUUUGUUGUGUAGUUGUGUUUGUUGUGUAGUUGUGCAUUUUAUAUCUGAAACCUGAUGCCUGGAUGCAGAUUUUUGCUUUGAAAUCAGGACGUUUCUUUUAAAGUUUAUUAUUAAUUCAGUGCCUUCAAUGGAAACUUAAAACAAUCUUUUCACUGAUUUUUACAUGUUUAUUCUGCGCUAAAGUUUACAGUCAACAUUCUUCUUAUUCAUUUUAAUACAUAAACCAGUAAUUACACACACACACACACACACACACACACACACACACACACACACACUGCUUGUGUUUUGAAAAGAUGUUUUAAAAGUCAGUGUUUAAUAAAUUUGACAAAUAUAGAAUAAAGCGUUACGGUGCCAUUACAGCGGA